GUUUUUUGGCAAUCGUGGAAAUAGAAACACCGCUGCAAGGCGGAUAGAAAAGAGGAACAACGUGGAAACGGAACACGGACCAGGACAAAGGAUAUAGCGGUACCAAGGAAUUUUUUUAGACGGAAAAAACGUUUGAUAAAAUUGAAGUUAAUUCCAAAACUAUUGACUGUCUGCAGCCAAAGUUACUGUAGUUGAAAAAUUGAUUUUUUGGUUAAGCUGCCAUUGGAGGUUUUUGUGAAAUAAAAAUGGAACAAAUUAUUGCAAAUCUAUUGGGUGGCAACAAUAAUCUCAUUAAGCAGGCUACCGCUGAUCUUCAUGAGGCCUACAAACGCCCCGAAACUAUACCGCAAUUAUGUGAGCUUGCUGUUUCACACAAAGAACAUCAUAUACGCCACUAUUCGGCAGUUCUUUUGAAAAAACGUUUGGGCAAAUUACGUCAUUGGCAAAUGGUGCCACCUGAACAACAACAACUCAUAAGGCAAGGUGUGCUGAAUGCUUUGUUCAAUGAACCUGAGAAAUCUGUACGCAGUGCUUUAGCCCAAUUUAUUGGGGUUUUGGUACGCCAUGAGACCGAUAAGCAAGGUGCCUACAUGAAAGAAGUUCUGCAAGUUGUCUACAGUCAUUGCAGUUCGUCCGAUCCCAAACAAAGUGAAUUGGGCUCAUCGAUCUUUGCUACUUUGACUGAUGCGGCACCCGAUCAAUUUGUUCCCCAUAUGGAAUCGGUUUGUGAAAUGUUCACCGCUGCCCUUAUGGCUACCGAGGCCAGUGGCAAUAUGGCUUCUCCAGUCAUAUUCAAUAUUCUGAAUGGAAUGACAUUUUUGGUACCCUUUAUCUUGGGCCACAAUGCUGCCGAACAAACUUACCAAAAAUCCAUACCUUUGAUCAUAAAAUCUCUGCAAGCCUUUGCCGUUCAACCAGAUACAGAUCAAUUUGUGCGUGCCUUUGACAUUUUGGAAUCCAUGGCCGAUUAUACACCCAAAUUGCUCACCACCAAUAUAAAAAUGUUGUUGGAUUUCUGUUUGGAAGCAGCCAACAAUGCUCAAUUGGACAGUGCGGUUCGAGUUAAAACCGUAGCAUACAUUGGCUGGUUGGUGCGUUUGAAGAAGAAGGUUAUAAUUAAGCAAAAAUUGAUUGAGCCCAUCAUACAAGUUGUGUUUAAUCUGAUGGCUACCGAGGCACAAGAUGAUGACGAUGAGGACUACUUUUUGGGUGAAGAUAGCUCAAAUCCCAUGACCACUGCCACUCAAACUAUGGAUUUGUUGGCUUUGAAUGUGCCCCCAGAGAAAUUGAUCCCACCACUAUUGCAAUUGUUGGAGCCAGCCUUGCAGGGCCAAGAUCCUCUGCCACGUCGUGCGGCCUACUUAAGCAUGGCUGUCAUUGCCGAAGGCUGCUCGGAAGCCAUAUGUAACAAAUACUUGGAGACCAUGUUGAAUAUUGUCAAAGUGGGCAUCACCGAUCCCACCCCUUUGGUGCGCAAUGCUGCCUUCUUUGCCUUGGGCCAAUUCUCUGAGCAUUUGCAGCCUGAUAUCACCAAAUUUGCUCCACAAAUUUUACCCAUCUUGUUUGAGUUCUUGCAGCAAUUGUGCAAUGAAUUGAGAGCUUUAUGGCCUCAAACAAAUCAAUGUGAGGUAGCCGAGUCCUGGCCCACCACAGCCACCACUGCAAAACAAGACAUAAAUUCCAUACUCUAUAUGAGCCAAUUGCAAAUCAAGCGUAAAAAGCUUCUAACUACUUAUGGUGGAGGCACUGAGCCCAAACAUAUCGACCGCAUGUUCUAUGCCUUGGAGACAUUCUGCGAGAAUUUGGAAGAUGCCUUAGUACCACAUUUGCCACUGCUUAUGGAACGUCUCUUCGAAGCCAUGAAUCCCAACAACUCGGUUCGAAUUCGCGAAAUGUCUCUCAGCGCCAUUUCAGCUGCCGCCAAUGCUGCCAAGGAAAACAUGAUGCCUUAUUUCCAGCAAUUGAUUGCCAUGCUGCAAACCUACUUGGUAAAGACCGACAACGAAGAUAUACUCUCGUUGCGCCCACAAGCAAUUGAUACAUUGGCUGCAAUUGCUCGCACCAUUGGCAAGCAAAACUUCUUGCCUUUGGCCAACGAUACCAUGAACUUUUCUUUGUCUUUGCUGGACGAAGCCGAUGAUCCUGAUGUACGCCGGGCUUUGUACAAUUUAAUUGCUUCGCUGGCUGAAGUGGUUAAUGAGGAAAUGGCUCCCAUCUAUCCCAAGAUCAUGAAUCGUUUGUAUGACUCCAUUGUAUCCACCGAAGAAGUUGUGCCCGAAUUCAAGGAAGAUGUUAUCACCGUGCCUGGACCCGAGAAUGAUGAGAACGAAGAUUGUGAAAUCGACAUUGAGAACUCUGAUGGCGAAGAUGAUGAUUUGGAUAACAUUGCCGGCUACAGUGUGGAGAACUCCUAUUUGGAUGAGAAGGAGGAAGCCAUAUUGGCCUUGAAAGAAUUUGCCGUGCAUACUGGAGCUGCCUUCAUACCCCACUUGCAAGAGUCCUAUAAGAAUGUGUACAAAAUGAUAGAUCAUCCCCAAGAGGACAUACGCAAAGUAUCCAUCGAUGCUUUGACCACAUUCAUCGUAGCCUUGUUCAAACACAACGAUGUGCAAGGUGUUUCCAUUGCCAUUGUCAUUUUUAUAACCAAAUUGGGACAAAUUGUGCGCGACGAUGAGGAAGUUGCUGUGGUUUUAGCUGCCCUCGAGAGUUUUUCAGAGUUGUUGAAGGAGCUCAAAGAAUUAGCAUUGCCCGAUGAAAAGGUGUGUGACACCAUCUUCACUUGCAUCAAUGAUGUGUUGUUGGGCAAGGUGGCCUGUCAAUUUGACGAACCCAGUACUGCUGGCAACGAUGAUGAGGAAGCCGAAGAGAGUGAAUACGAGGAAGCAAUUGUAGAGGCUGCUGGUAAUUUGUUGCCUCUAUUCGGUCAUGCUAUGGCCCCUGAGAAAUUUGCAUUAUACUUUGGUCGUGUAUGUCCCAUCUUACUUACGAAAUUGCAAAAAGCCAAGAAGAACGAAGAUCUCGAGUCUCAAAGAGCAUUCAUCUAUGGAGCUUUGGCCGAAUGUUUUGGUGCUUUGAAACGAAACAGUGCCACAUACUUUGACACCUUAUGUCCCGUAAUGAUUGAGGGUCUUUCUGACGAAUUCAAUCAAUCGCGUCAAAACUCUGUCUUUGGUUUGGGUGAAUUGGUGCUGCACUCUGAGGAAAAAUCUUUUGAAGCUUAUCCUCACAUUUUAAUGGCUUUGUCCCAGGCCGUUUCCAAGGAAACCGAACCAGCAGCUCUCGAUAAUAUCUGUGGUGCUAUUGCCCGCCUCAUUAUGACAAAUUGCCAAUUGGUACCCCUGGAUCAGGUGUUGCCUGUGUUCUUGCAACACUUGCCCUUGCGUGAAGAUUUCGAUGAGAAUACCACAGUUUUCAAAUGUUUCAAACUUCUAUACAUUCAGGCGCGCGAUCAAAUUGUAGCCUCUUUGGAGCAAAUACUGGCCAUAGCCAUCCAUGUGCUAUACAAAAAAGAAUUUGUGGACCAGGAGACUUGCGACAAUGCAGUGGCUUUGCUCAAGGAAAUACGUGAAAAUUAUCCAGACAAAUUUGGUGCUGUGGCCAAUUCAAAUCCAGAAAUUGUCAACUUCUUGCAAACUCUCUAAGAAGACGUUGACUAAAGCAAAGAAGAGAUGUAAUGCGCCCUGAUAUUUAACAAUAACAAGUCAGCCCGAUAAUGUAGUAUUAUCUAUUUUUUUUGUCAGUCAAAAGUCAAACGAAUUUUCGUUGUCAUCUUUGUCCCCUGAAAAACAAAAACGAUAGGGAAACAAACCUUUUUUUUGUUUUCUAUGCAUCGUCUCUUCAACCAUCAAUUAUCUACUAUCAGAGAGGUUAAAUGUCUAGCUACCAUCCGCUUGGGUGAAUGAAUUCAAUUCCAUUUCAUUUAUAUCAUAAAAAAGAUGAUUUUGUUUUCAACCAAAUCCCCUAUAGGGGUGGUAAUGGGACCCCUUCUCACUCCCUUAUUCUUAAAAGACUGUAACGUUUAGGUUUUCCUUGGUAUUAGGAAACAUCCUCGUAACCACAACCACAAGAUAUUUGUAUACAUUGUUGUUAUAAACAAUUUAUUAAGGAUACAUAGUAACUUUUAAAUAUUUGACCACAAACAAGAGCACAUUCAAGCAUCGUUGUAUAAUUAUUUAUUCUAAAUCCAGUUAAGAUUUUUUUACUUUUUUGUUUUGCAAAUCAUCGCUUAGCCGUCCCCCUUUUGAUUGCAUAUCUGGCAUAUGCCCUGGGAGACAUCUCAAUGUGUGUGUCGUCUAGGACGCACACACACUCUUUCGUCUCCAACCUAUCUCAAAGUUGAUGAUGUUGUUUGCAUUAAGAGUUUUGUAUUUUAACAAAUCAAGUUGUCCCCUAGCCCCUCGUUUUGUACCAUUGAGUACGGCACUGGCUGUGAUAAAAUCCCUUUGUGUGUCAAAUUGUUUCCAUUGUUAUAGAAAUAUAAAUAAACAAAAGAUUGAGUCCUCUCGAAUUGCCAUCUCAGCAAAUCAGCCCCAACUCCUAUUUUUUGUGGCCUACAGUACAGUAAUACGUAGUGUAAAGCCGCCGCCUACUGCCCCGGACCUUAAUGUUAGUUUUUAAAAAUAAAAAAAAAAAUCAAAACAUUUAUCUGCUACACUGUCAAUAUGAAAGUGGUUUUAAGUUUUUUUUUAAAACUUUGCAGUGCAUAGCACGAUCACAUAAAAUCCACUCUCCCCGAAAUCUGAUUCAAACUACCCAACUAGUGCAAACUGCACUGCAGUCAAUGUUGUCACCACAGGACAAUUCCAAAUUAUUCCCCUAAGGACCCCAUUGACUGACUGCGCGCGCGCGCCCCCUUAAAUGUAGUUUUAACAGUUUUAUAAGCUAUUUUCAUAAUUAUGUUUCUUUUUAACAACAUAUUUUACAAGGCAUGCAUAUAACAAACAAACCAAGAUAAAAUACAUAAAUAUUCAUUUAUGCAUAGAUAUAAAUUUAUUUUCGUUCCAACAACCCCAAAUACUCCACUCAAUAACAGAGAAUAGAACAGAGAUCUCUGUUUACACUCACACAGAGACCCCCAACAACAAACACCUUAACAUUUUGAGCAAGAAGAUAUUAGCAGAGCUUAAUGAAAUCUAUCUAUGCUUCUUCAUACUUAAUACAAACACAAACAUUCAGCAUACCCCUUACCUACAUAUACAUACAUAUAUAACCACUACUCGAUGCAUAUGGAACAUUCUUUGUUAAAAAAAAAAACUUUUAUUAUUAUUUUUGUCUAUGCUAGAAUAGAGAGAAGAGAUUGUCUUAAUAAAAAAUUGAAUUUUAAAUAAA